CAACACCACCGUCUUCGUACCUUUUAAUUCCUUCGUAGUUGACCAUCAAUCAACAUCACUGCCUUUAACCUGAAUUUGUAGCGUCCUUCAUUUUCCAAUCGCCAACAUGCCCAAACUCUCUCCCCUCGUAUCAGCCUGCGGCAUGGCCCUCACGCUCAAUUGCGUGUCCAACGUCAUAGCCCAACGCGUGCGCGCAUAUCGCAACAGCGAACCCUUCGUUUUCGAUUCCACGCUCUUCCUGCAAUUCCUCGUCGUCGGCGUUAUCACCACGCCACCAAACUACCUCUGGCAAGGCUGGCUCGAGAAGACGUUUCCUGGCUGGAAGCUGGUUGCUAAGAGCGAUGUGGAAAAGGGCAUGGCUGGCGCAGACGUCGAACUAGACGAAAAGAGCGAGAAGAAUGAGAAGGGGUACCAGCAUAAACGAGACGAGAGCUUUGGAGACAAAGUUAGAGUACGAGACUGGAUGAACAUUUUUAAGAAGUGGUUCACGGAUUGCAUCACGCUUGGAGCUAUCUUCAACACGGUCGCGUUCCUGGUGCUGAUGGGGAUCCUAAAAGGCAAAAGUGGGCCUCAGAUUAUGACAGAUAUCCGCACUGAGACAUGGAAAAUCAUCUAUAAUAGCUACAAAGUAUGGCCGAUCGCCAAUUUUGUCAGCACCACAUGGAUUCCGGUCGAGAAACGUAUCGUUUUCCUAAGCUUCUGCGGUGUCCUUUGGGGGAUUUACAUGAGCAUUGUCGCUGGUGACUUGUGAUUAUGAACCAAUCUUUUUAGUAUCACAAGCCUCAUGCGGCGAUCUGGAGAUAGUAUCAUCAAAGCUGUAUUAGCAUGUCAUAUGUGGGUAUCGGAUAUUCGAGCUACAUAAUCGACAGGACGACACCAUCAUUUACAUCGUACCGCACAAACACC